AUGGAAGACACGAUACGGUUGCCAGGCAAAACCUUCUGGCUGGAGGCCUGUUCUACUGUGACUGAAAAGGGACAUUCACAUGUAUUGGUACCAAAGACCGGCCGGCACCGACGGGAGCCUUUCUCAUCACCAGGUCUGACGCGAGACCCGAACACGGAAGCGGAACGCCUCCCACGUGACCCGGCACUCGCCAGGGAGGCUUGGGUGUUGCCGACACCCCACCCUGGGUACAGCGGGGCCGACCGCGCACUGCGGGGCCGAGCUCGGCUGCGGCCGCCGGGGCCCCGCGCCUGCGGCCCGCCGCGCAGGUGGCAGCGCCCGCGCUCCCGCGCACCGCCGCGGGGCCCGCCCCACCCUGGCGCCAGCCCCGGGCCCACCCGGCCCAGCCCAGCCCCGCCGCGGCGGCGCAGGCUACCUGGGGCUCUCCGGGAGGAUCAGCGCUGCGGACGCCGCCAUUCUGGAGCCUCCCCCGCACGUCGGCGCUGGUCAGCUGGCUGGCGCCCGCCAAUGACCGCCGCGGCGGACGGAAAGCCGGAAGGUCCACGCCGUGCUCCCUCCCUGCUCCGCGGACGGGACGCCCUAGCCCUGUCCUGCGUGCUGCCGAGGCGGGAACAUCUGAGCGUCACCGAGAUCCUGCCCGCCGAUCUUACCUUGGAGCAUUCCCGCGGUGUCUGGCCGCCUCUGCAGGGCGGCCGGUGGGAGAUGCUGUGGGUCCGGUCCCCGCGUGGAGCCCCCAGCCCACCUCGCAAUAGAGGCGGCGCCCCGCGCCCCGGCCUGCGCGCGGUGCGAUGGUUUGGCCCAGCCGGGUCUGCAGCGCCGGAGCUCUGCAGGAUGCCGCGCGGAGCUUGCGAUUCCUCAAAAACUGAAAUCAUGCAGUAUUUGUCUUUCUCUGACUGUAACUCUGGCGGGAGAAUACGUUUCCAGUCUGAAGCAAAUAACCUUUGAAGCUGAAAUCAGUCAAAGGGAGAAUAAAGUGGGAGAAACCCGUUUAUUGCUUACAAGUAGUCGUCCACUUUUGCUUGCCCAUCUCUCAUUACCCAGCUGCAAAGAGGGACCCCACCAAACCUCUCCAGUCCAGAUAUGCCCUCUCUCCCUAUUGGUAUGGAGGUGGACUACUUCUGGCCACCCCUUGGAAACAUCUAUUGAUAUGCAGAUGCACUAAGGCCAGUCAAGAGAUUCUAGAAAUAUUGCAGUUUUACCCACACUGACAUAUCACCUAGCAUAAUAACUUCUAGGUCCAUCCCUAUUGUGCAAAUGGCAAAAUUUCAUUCUUUCUGAUGGCUGAAUAGUAUUCUAUUGUCAGAUAGCCAGACAGGUCCUAAUGUGCCUCAUUAGAGCCACAGAUAACACAUAGGAUAUGUUUGAUUCUUCACCCAGCUUCUUCAUUGUUCCAAAAACGUGCCAGCCCAUUCUCAGUUCUGUGUCUACAG